CUCCAGCCAGUCUCAGGCGGCAGCGCGCGCGCCGCGGUCGCUGCGACGCGCUAUUUCGAAAUUCAAAUUAACGAAUUGACGCGUUCGAAUAACGAAUUUUCAACGAAGUUUAUCGAUGUGUGUGAUUGUUUUGUUUGAAGGUUCAUUUGAAACAUCGAUAAAGUCAAGAGUGUAAUGUGAAAUCAGUGCUUAACGAAAAUGGUCAUGGAAUCUCCGCUGCAAGGCCGCUUCUGGCCUUUGUCUCCACGUCUAUGGAGGCGAAGUACGGAGUGCAAAGUCGUCUUCGAGCCUAGGAGACCACCUGUGGACAAACGAAUAGAUCUGACACCCGAUUUGCUGCGUUCCAAGAAUAUUAAAGAGAGAUUGGGGCAUUUGAAUUUGGAAGAACAUAUUGAUGAGGAAAAGAGAUGGAGUGUCUUGAAGCCUCCGUUGAAAGAGAAGAAGGAGGAGGUAAAGAUGAGGGUGAAAAGGCAGAGGCAGCCGCGUCCGAAUAGUCUGCAGCUGCUGCUGUGUCCGUCCAGCUCUGGGCAUUACAGCAGCAACACUUGGAGGUACACCAGGGUCAGGUCGAGGAGCCAUGAGCCUGAGGGCGGCGGGCGCGGCGAGGGCCCGCUAGCGCGCGCGAUGCAGCCCGCGCCGGGCUCGCCCAAGCGGCAGCCUCCACAGAGCCAGCACGGAUCGGCGCCGGCGGACCAGUCAACAUUAAAGGUCCACCUGCCUAACGGUGGUUUCAACGUCGUCCGGGCAUCGGCCGAUGAGGACGUGCGCUCAGUGCUACGGCUGCUAGCGAGCAGGCUAGCGACCGGCGAGCGAGUCUUCGCGUCGUGCUACGCGCUACGGGCGAGGCGGCUGACUACGGGCAAGAUACGAUGGAUCCACCAAGACACGCCAGUGUCGGAGCUGCUCGCAAAAUGGCCGGCGUCGGAAUGGAGAUUAGAACUGCGCGUGCGCUACCUGCCCGCCAACUUACGUGGCUUAUGUGACUCUGACCGGGUCACGUUCCACUACUACUACGAUCAGGUUCGACAUGACUACCUCAACGCCAAUCAUCCAAUGGUGGACCAGGAUCUGGCGAUACAAAUAUGUUGUUUAGAAAUAAAAUACUUCUGCAAAGACAUGCAAAUAUCAUUGGACAAGAAGUCCAACAUUGAAUACUUGGAGAAAGAGUUUGGGCUUCACAAGUUUCUGCCCAAGUCGGUGCUGGAAGCCAUCAAGCCUAAGGUGCUGAAGAAGGCCAUACAGCAGCAGUUCAAAAAGGUACCUUAUUUAAUACGUUUUACAGUUUAUUUUACUUCUGCAAAGAUAUGCAUCAAUAAGAUGUCCAAUAUCGAAUACCUGGAGAAGGAGUUUGGGCUUCACAAGUUUCUGCCCAAGUCGGUGCUGGAAGCCAUCAAGCCUAAGGUGCUGAAGAAGGCCAUACAGCAGCAGUUCAAAAAGGUGGCGAACCUGUCAGACACGGAGUGCAUGCUCAAAUACCUGGAGACGAUGCACACGCACUACGGGUACGAUCGGGAGACCUUCACCGGGGCGCUCGGCUCCGGCUGGGCCAUACCUAUAGAGCUCGCCAUUGGACCCGAUAUAGAUAUAUCGUACGUGUCUCACAAGGCGGGCGAGCCGCCGACGUACACGAAGAUCGCGUCGUUCGCCGACAUCGCCGCCGUGCAGACGCUCAAGUCCAACUGCCAGUCGCAGUCGCAGUCGCAGACCACGCACGGUUCGUCGUGCGGCAAGGCGGCGCUGCAGUUGCGAGUGAAGGGCGCCACGGAGACGCUCACUAUCACCUGCAGCAGCGUCGAGGCUGCAGAAAGUUUAGCAGACUUAGUAGACGGGUAUUGCAGACUAGUCACAGAAUCGCAGACCUCGCUAUGGAACAGAACAACUGAGAUGAGUUCAAGCUCGUCAGAGGGCAAGACCAGUAGUUGGGAGGGCAACACGGCGACGCUGUUGUCUGAGGACUACGCCGAGAUUGUCGACGACGACGCCGACUACUCCACGCCGGCAGUUCGAGACUACGAGUUGGUUCGCAACCAGAUCGAGCUCACCGGCAUUAUCGGAGAGGGGCAGUUUGGUGACGUACACAAAGGCACCUGCCGAGUGGCCUCAGCCAACCACCCCUCCCUCCGCCGGCAGCUCACCAUACAAAAGCAGCAGGGGAAGGGCUCGGGCGGCGAAUACAUACUGCCGGUCGCUGUGAAAACUUGCAAGUUGGAUGCAGAUCUAGAUACCGCUGAGAAGUUUCUCGAAGAAGCUUAUAUAAUGCAGCAGUUCUCCCACCCGCACAUCAUCGGGCUGGUGGGCGUGUGCAGCGCGCCGCCCAUAUGGAUCGUCAUGGAGCUGGCCACCCUGGGCGAGCUCAGGGCUUACUUGCAGCAAAACGCGAGGAGGUUGGAGACGUGUACACUAGUACUGUACAUAUACCAGCUGUCGACGGCGCUCAGCUAUUUGGAGAGCAAGAAAUUUGUACACCGCGACAUCGCCGCGAGGAACGUGCUCGUUUCGACGCCCACCUGUGUCAAGUUAGCGGAUUUCGGGCUGUCAAAGAUGGUGGAGGACAAAUCCUACUACAAGGCGUCUCGCGGCAAACUGCCUAUCAAAUGGAUGGCGCCAGAGUCCAUCAACUUCAGGCGGUUCACCUCCGCCUCUGACGUUUGGAUGUUCGGCGUCUGUAUGUGGGAAAUCCUCAUGCUCGGCGUGAAGCCCUUCAGCGGCGUGAAGAACAACGACGUCAUCGGCAAACUGGAGAACGGAGAGAGGCUCGCACUCCCUCCGAGAUGUCCACCGCGACUCUACUCCGUGAUGUCGCGGUGCUGGGCUUACGAGCCGUCGCAGCGACCGCAGCAACAUCAACUCAAGGAGACGCUCUUUGAGAUCCUGCAGGAGGAGCGCAGCACGGCGUGGGACACGAUGCGGCGCGAGAACCGGCGCGUGGCGGCCGCCUCGUGGGGCGACGAGCCGCCGCCCAAGCCCAGCCGCCCCGUCACCAACCUCACCGCGGCCGAAUCUAGCAGCGGCGGCGCGGCGCCGCAGACGUACAUCGUGGCGCAGAACCCGCUCGUGCUGGCGCACCUGCUGCGCGAGAACCAGGCGCGCGCGCUCGACCCGCAGGCCUACACCACGCCCGCCUCGGUAUUCAACACCGUCGCCGUCGACUUCCAAGCUCUGCCGGAGGACACCGACAUCACCAAAAUCAUCAACCCCAAACCCGAUGAAAUCAUAGACAUACCCCUGCAAACCGUCCCUAUCCCCGUCGCGUCGCUUCACAAGCUCGACCCCGUCGUUCCCGAAGACACUUUGACUGUCGUGGUCGGCGCUAGGGAGAGCUGCGAUAAUCUCUGCCAGAACGUCUCUGAAGAACCUUCUCCGGAACCGUAUGCCAGUAGAGUUCGGUCGCUAGAGAGGAACACUCGAGGGACCUUGUCGACGGCCGAACGAGCGCCGAUCAGAAUGGGUUCUUUGGAACGCAACGCUCGCGGCAGUCUCUCCCAUCGCGGCUCCCCCGUCCCUAUAGCUCCCUUCACUCGCCAGCACUCGGUCCCGGCGUCGCCUCCGCCGAGAAACAGAAGGGAACAGGACAUAGGACAGUUCUCUGUCCAGGGCUCUUUAAAUGCGCAAUUGGCCGCUAGUGUCGUCAAUAAGAUGCGAUCGCAACCCGAUCCGCCUCUAGUCGAAGAGAUCUAUGAUUUCGGGGGCGAUAAUGUCAAAAGCUGCGUAGCCGUCGCCGCCCAAAAGGCAGGUCUAAAGCAGCAGUACAGACCUUCGAUGGUCGCCUCUCAUCCGGUCACGUACGGCGUGCCGGUCGGUGUCGUCCAAGGCGUCCCGUACUCCCAAAGCCCAGUCAAACCUAGUCAUGUCAUGCAAAUGAUGCCAAAGCAGAUGCCGUCGCCUCCUAUAGCUUCUAGUCAAGCGUUUUUCCCUCAACGCUCAGCCAGUCCGUUAUCCCAAACCUUCGUGUCUCAGCCUAUGGGAGUGAUCCCUCCUAUGUCUUACGCGAGCGCGUCUCAGCCUAUAUACAGUGGGCAUAGCGUGGUACAAGGGCCUCAACCGAUGUUGUAUCGGCCGCAAGUGUCCGCGCAGACCGCGAGUCAGUACACGGCGAGCGCGGCGUUCGCGCCGCGUCCACACUUCGCGUCGGCGACCAGUGUGGACGCGCAGGCGCUGUACGCGUCGCGGCAAGAAUGCUCGGCGGUCGCGGUCGCCCAACCCAGUCCAGAAUUGGACACCGAGCAAGCGGUGGAGAGACGCCUGCUGGCCGAGCUGGCGAGACAGCAACAUCAGAGUGAAGAGGACCGCCGAUGGCUGCAGAUGCAAGAGGACAAACUGAAUCGCCUGUCAACCGUGCAGUCCUCGGAGGAGCCUGCCGAUAAGCUGGCGGAGGGCGUGCAGAACAUAGCAGUGCAGGACAAGACACCCAACCAGACAGCGCCUAACUCGUCUGAAAAUAGUCCAGCGAACACUGUGAAGCCUAAUGACAGGCCGAGCGAGGAUAGGCCCCGCUCGCACGCGGACGACCCCGUGUACUGCCUGACGACGGGCGUGGUGCGCUGCGUGAUGAGGCUCGCCAACCUCGCCACCGCCGGCGCGCCGCCCGCCCCGGCCGUGCUGCAGGCUGUGAGGGCCGUCGGCACCGAGCUGAGGGCGCUGUGCGCCACCGUCGACAACGUCGUGGUGCCCUUCCCGAGCGCGGACCGACGGGAGGUGGAGAUGGCUCAUCAGGUGCUGAGUAAAGACAUGGCGGCGCUGGUGGAAGCCAUGCGACUGGCGCUCCAAUAUGCCGCGACCACCCUACACCACGAGUACACCAAAAAUAUGCUCGCAGCGGCUCACGUACUAGCGAUGGACGCGAAAAACCUCCUCGACGUAGUAGACUGCAUCCGCGAGCGACACCCCGCCAUCGACUGGCGCGCCGCGCUCCAAGACCCGUCCGUCCUGACCCCCCCAUUCUCCCCCCAACCCCACUUCUCCCCCCAAAACACCCUCCAACCCUCCGUCCAAGAGGAACCGAAGCCGGACUUCAAAAUCAACCAACCCGUAACCACUAGUCAAAUUACUACUACCGAACUACCUAAAGAGCAUAGCAGCCUCCCAGUGACUUCUAAUCGAGUGUCCGCUCUGAUCCACAAUUAUAAUCUAUACGGAAAUAUUAGGGAGCAACAUAUCUAUGGAAAUUCUGAUGUCGGCGGCUCUUUUCAACACUCAUCUUCGAGCAUUGAUGAAAAAAUCGACGCAGCUCCUUUGGAGUCGGUUAAAAGUCGCAUACAAGCCAUGUCGGGUAAGAUUGAGUCGCCGCCAAUAUACUCUGUGAGCAAGAAAGUUAUUGUAGAUCAGAACGUGACAGAGCAAGGUUGAAAGCCUUCGUUCGCUUGUAGUAUUUGUUUUCGCCGGUGAGGCUGACGGCUUUACGGUAUGUGCGGUAGUCUUGGGAGUAACUAGUGAAACUGAGUUGUAUUGGCGGUUUUACUGAGGCGUAUAGAAGCGACCGACGAUGGACAGGUUAUCCCAAGGAUAAUUUAACUAAUAGGGAAAAAAGCGUAGGGGGCGCCACUAGCUUAAACAAUAAACCGUCAUAUAACAAAUAAUCUGUGAAAACGUCAAAAAAAUGUUUGCCGCAUCGUAUAAUAUACAUAAAAUAAUAGAACUUAAAUAAAAACGAACUUAAAGAAAUCCAUACUAAAUUGUUGCAAACAUUUUACGUCAAAAAUGUGACAGUUACGUAGGAAGUGGCGCCCUCUCAAUAAUUUUCUACAAUUUCUUGUCAGACUAUAAGUAGCUCUAUGAUUUUACAGUUUGAGCUAGGGCUGCACUCUGGCGGCAGAUUGCAGAAUACUCCCUAUUUUGAAGUAUAUUGGUGAUUGUCAUAACUUUAUAGUCGAAAAGGUACAUAGACAUAAUAUCGGCUGUUUUAUUUUCUAGGUCGCUUCUAUACGCAGUUAUUCUCAAGGCAGUAGUGACUAGUACUUAACCGCGAUACUUAAUUAUGUUUUGAAGUUAGCAAUGCCGCUUAGAUUUUGUUCCGCGACUUUAAGCUUCGAAAGACAAUCAAACGAUUGCUCAAUAUUCUAUGUAGUGGAAUAGAUGUCAAUUUAAUUUAAGUCCUGAGCCAAAUAAUUGUCAUUAAUUUCUUUCAUAUGACAUAUAUGUUUCUUUAGAAGUAUUGGACUAUAUUCUCGCUUCAUUUUUAAGGAAAUUAUACCCAGGCCAAGUUCUGGUUAUUUCAAUACGAUUUUCUAUUGAAUAAACUUUGGUAUAGUAUAGUAUGUCGCAUACUAGUGACGUUAUCAAAGUUACACGAGUAUUAUAUAGUUCGUUCAAUAGAAAACUGAAUAGAAUAUAUCACAUAUUGGCUUAUGUGUUACUUGUUAUAUCUAUCAACAUAUCAUCAUCGGCAUUGUUGAGCUUCAAAUUAUUAUGACGUUUCGAAUUCAAAAAUUAUAAACUUUUAAUGAAAUUCAAAGAUUUUUGAGUUAGGUGCAACUGGCUUCUCAAAAACGAGCACAAAACAUUACGAAGUUAAAACCGAUUGAUAAUAUUAAUUUGUGAUAUUAUUGCCAAUAAAAUUUUACCUAAUUCGAGUUAAUAUGGGCAACAGAUAAUAAAAAACACAAUAUAGAGUAACGAGCCUAAUGUCAUAAAAAAAAGGAUUAUUGUGAUUUUUGUUGUCAAUGUUGCCAUACGUAUAAUAUAAUAAUCAGCACAUUCCUUAUGAUUGCACCUACCGCGUAAGUUUUGUAAUUACUCAUACAAAUUUUAUAUUUUUGGUGUAAUGUUGCAGUUUUUAUACCGCGCGAGCGAAUUGAAUCUUCCAGUAAACAGUGAAUAAUGGAAUUGUAUCGUAUUAUUUGAAUAAGGCGCAGCGCACAUGGAGUCAUACCAUAGACAAAAAUAAAUAUUAAAGACGCAUAAAUUAGUUUUUUUACCGCAAUUUGAUGACUAAGGUUUUCAAUAUGGUUGUCAAGCGCUAAUUUUUGAUAAUUUAAAACCUGUCCAUUAAUAUGAUCAUUGUCAAGAGGGCGCUGUUAUUCAUAUGUAUACAUACCCUAAGGCACUGGUCCCACCGCGAGCUAGUAAGCUAUGAGCUAUCGGCUAUAAACACGAACAAAAGAUAAGCACUCCCGUGUAAAUAAAAGAGACACGGCGAUAUUUAUAGCUCACCGCUGGGCGAGUAACUAUAAAUAUCGCCGUGUCUCUUUUAUUUACAUGGGAGUGCUUAUCUUUUGUUCCGUGUUUAUAGCCGAUAGCUCAUAGCUUACUAGCUCGCGGUGGGACCAGUGCCUAUAGGGUGACAGUUCAGUAUAGUACGAAAAAUUAGUUCCAGUGAAAUUCCGCAACAUGGCGCGUGAUCAUUAUAAUCCUGAUCAGGCUUUACCCAUCUCUUUAAACUAAAAAAAAACUGUGUCUAUAAUAUUGUUUACUUUUAGGCGUCAUUAGUAUCUCGUUGUAUAUGGUCAUAUAAAGUAUAUCCACUCCAUGUGUUCUGUGUAAAGAACCUCUGUGUUGUAUAUUUUCAUUAGUUAAGGUGCCUUUAACUGUCACAACUUGUAAACUUCUGCAUUUAAUUUGUUCAAUAUAGCUACAGCAUUUAACUGGACUCAGAUUACUUUGUAAAAAUGUACAAACCGAAUUGAUUCAUAAUUAUUAUAAUUUUUAAUCCAAAGUUUUAUUGUAAGUUUAGAUCUCAGGGACUGUAUGUAUGUCGGUUAGUUUUGUAAUUAAAAACAGAAUUUAUUUAUUGAUCAACUUCGGUUAAUGUAUAGUUUUCCUAAUGUGUUAGAGUUAAGCAGGAUUCAUUCCAAAGUGAAGGUAUACGUCGACGGCGGAGCUUCGAGCUUGCUAUAUAUAUCAGAGUGUUGGCUUUGAGACUACGUUUAGCCUAAAAAAAAUCUUCUUAUUACAACAAUUGCCUAGAAAUGAGGCCUAUAGAAAUAACAACAGGUAACAUUCUAUAUCUACCAGUGUAACUACGAGUAUAAAGUAUUAGGUCGAAAAGCCAAGACUCGCCCUCAAUACCAAGUCGAUUGUCGGAGAUUAUUUACAAUUAUGAAAUAAAUAUAGACGUGAACUGGUUUUCGUUUAUGCAUUAAACUGAAUAAAGGACAAGUCAAUAUA